CUCCUGUCAUAUUUUUUCCGUCACAGUUAACAGUCUCAUCACUUUCAUCUCUUCUCUUCUCUUCCAAUUCACUCCACUUCAUUUAUACUAUAUAUUGACUCAAGUCCUCAAGUAUCCAAGGAAAGAAUUCGUUGAUUGAUUGAUUCAUCAUCUAUCUUCAUUACAUCCAUCUUAGAUACAUUUACAUCCUCGUCUUCCAAGAUCCCAUAUUCUUACACGUGAAUAUAACAUUACAUCACAUCACAUUACGCCGCAUUUCCUCUUUUGGAACGGAGUCCUCAUUUCUACUUUGAGUUCCGGAGUCACAGAAUAUCGAAUAUAAAAAUUUAUAAAGCUUUGUUCUUUUGAAUUUUAGAUCAAAGUGAUUUCAUCUUACAUAUCUGCCCCUCAUCAUUAGUCAGACCCGAGUUUAAACUUUAAAUUCACCUCAUCAAUACAUACUAUCCGAUUCCCAUUCCGUCCACGAAUCAUCAUCAACAAAACAACCUCACGUCACAACAAGAUCUCUUAACUGAGCCUUUUCAAUAUCACUUACAUCGAUUCAAUUACACAACAAACACCUUAACCUCAAAACUAAAUACAAAAUGGCAGCAGCUCCAGAAGCCCUUCCCUCCAUCGCCCGCCACAUCCUCCGCUUCAACCAUCAAUCCAAAAUCCCCUUCCAAACCAGCUCCAAAUCACUCUAUCACCACAAAUCUCAUGUCAAAUCUCACGUCGCUCCUAUCGUAAAUGGUCUUCAUGUAUCUAUCUCUGCGCGUAUCGCGGCUAGUAAGGGCGACAGAGAGAGGAUUUUGAAGAGUAUUGAGCGGGCGAGAGAGGCGAGGGAGAAGAGGGAUAGGGGCUUAAGAGAGGGUAUGGGUGGGGUUAGUGCGGGUAUGGGUGUUGAGAGGAAGAUUUGGGAGGAACAGGUUUAUCCUCCUGUUAGUGGGUUGUUUGUUUGAGGGGCGUGUGCGGUGUGAGGUGUGUUUAUUGGAUAGGGGUGUGGUGUCAUGUCAUGAUAUGUUAUGAUAUGAUACUUGGACUAAGACUAUGAUGUUUGUCGAGGAUAGACAGUACUCGCUCGGUGGAUCGCAUCGAUGUCUUUUCGAUGAGGUCGUCAUGUAUGUGAUGAUAUGUCACGAUACAUACGCAUAUACAUAUACAUGUAUGCAGUCGACCACAGAGACUGAAUACAUACAGAAGGAGGAACACAAGGAGGAAAGAAAGAAAAGAAGUCGGAAGAUUGGAAAUUGGCAAGGCCUUUUAUUCACUCAUUCAUUCGUUCGUUCAUUCAUUCUGUUCACUCACUCACUUCUCACUUCAUCCCAUUUGUCUUCAAGUGGUUGUUGGUGUUGAUGGCGUUGUUGUUGUGGUCAAUUAUUCUUGUCUGGAGGUUUUUCACUAAGAUGAGAAGCCGCAUGAAUUUUUUUAUCUUCUGCUACCUACCUGCAUUAUAAUAUGUACUGGUGUUUAUUUUUUCUUAUGUACUUGGGGAUUUUAAAAGAAGGUUUUGGGAGUCUUUGCUAGAUGAGAUGGGUUUCUAGAUAUUUAAAUUGGUAGAUACUUAUACUGUAGAUAGUUAGAUACUUUAAACGAAUCAAUGAAUUAUGAAUUAUGAACUUUUAUACCUAGAUGCUU